AUGGCGGACGACGCCGGUGCUAACAGGGGAGGUUUUCGGGGGGGCUUCGGCAGUGGAGGCCGGGGUCGCGGACGUGGAAGAGGCAGGGGCCGCGGAAGAGGACGUGGAGCCCGCGGGGGGAAAGCCGAUGACAAGGAAUGGGUUCCCGUCACCAAACUCGGCCGCCUGGUCAAAGACAUGAAGAUCAAGUCCCUGGAGGAGAUCUACCUCUUCUCCCUGCCUAUUAAGGAGUCUGAGAUCAUUGACUUCUUCCUGGGCUCCUCUCUGAAAGAUGAGGUCUUGAAGAUCAUGCCUGUGCAGAAACAGACCCGUGCCGGACAGCGGACAAGGUUCAAGGCUUUUGUGGCCAUUGGAGACUACAACGGCCAUGUUGGUCUGGGUGUGAAAUGCUCCAAGGAAGUUGCCACUGCUAUCCGUGGUGCCAUCAUUCUGGCUAAGCUGUCCAUCGUGCCUGUCCGCAGAGGCUACUGGGGUAACAAGAUCGGCAAGCCACACACUGUGCCCUGCAAGGUGACAGGUCGUUGUGGUUCUGUACUGGUACGUCUGAUCCCAGCUCCCAGAGGUACUGGCAUUGUCUCAGCUCCUGUUCCCAAGAAGCUGCUGAUGAUGGCUGGUAUUGAUGACUGCUACACCUCAGCUAGGGGCUGCACUGCCACUCUAGGCAACUUUGCUAAAGCCACCUUUGAUGCCAUCUCAAAGACCUAUAGCUAUCUGACUCCUGAUCUCUGGAAGGAAACCAUCUUCACCAAGUCCCCCUACCAGGAGUACACUGACCAUCUUGCAAAGACGCACACCAGAGUGUCUGUGCAGAGGACCCAGGCUGCUGCUGUUCCUGCCACCUCCUAA